AUGUCCUCAACGCCCAAUAAUACGGGUUCGAACUCCAAGUUGCAGGAGAAGAAGCUGCCCCGCGAUGACUCCAAGGAGGCCAAGAAGGCUGAGGCGAGCAAGGCGAAGAACUCGGACCAUAUCACGCUCGAGCAGUUCUUGAAGGAGACUCAAGAGGGACAGGCAACUGGUGCUGAUAGCGCCAGCCAUGCCGAUUUCACAACGGAGGAUGGCGCUGGCAAGGUUGAUGGCGGCAAGAAGGGCGAUGGUUCGAAGUGA